AUCAAUUAUUUUUCCACAUCACUAAAAUUAUAGGGCUAAGGCUAUCAAGUUCAAAGGCAAUGGAAUUUCUCAGGUGCCCUGUUUCUGCAUUUUUAUUCCCAGCGUUUUGCUUUAUUAUUUUCUUUAUCUUCUUUCCUUGGAAAGAACAAAACUAUGCUACACACUUCCCUCCUCCUUUGGUCCUUUCCACUAUUAUCAAAGACUUAAACAACCACACAAAUAUUAUAACCUCUCCCUCUCCCUCUCCCUCUCCCUCUCCUUCACUACAACCACCACCUCUCCUCCCACUUGAGCUUCUUUCCAAUUUUACUCCUGCAAAUGAAAGCUACAAUAACACUACUGUUUUAAGUAGCACUAUUAUGAAAUAUCCAAGUUUGGAGAAAAUAGAAGAAGGUUUAGCACGAGCACGGGCCUCAAUUCAGGAAUCUAUCCGAUCAAGGAACUAUACUUCAGCCAACAGAGUAAAUUUUGUCCCCAAAGGAUCCAUUUACCUGAAUCCACACGCUUUUCAUCAGAGUCAUGAAGAGAUGUUGAAGAGAUUCAAGGUGUGGGUGUAUGAGGAGGGAGAGCAACCAUUAGUGCAUGAUGGGCCAGCAAAUGAUAUAUACUCCAUUGAGGGUCAAUUCAUUGAUGAAAUAGACAACGAUGCUAAGUGGAGCCACUUCAGGGCUGAACAUCCUGAUCAAGCACAAGUUUUCUUCCUUCCCUUCAGCAUAGCCAAUGUUGUUCACUAUGUUUACAAGCCUAUUCGAAAGCAUUCGGACUACGAACCUAUUCGCCUCCAACGCUUAGUGGAAGAUUAUAUUGGUGUUAUUGCCAAUAAGUAUCCUUAUUGGAAUAGAAGUGAAGGGGCAGACCAUUUCUUACUAUCAUGUCACGAUUGGGGUCCGAAAGUUUCAUAUGGCAACCCUAAACUCUUCAAGAACUUCAUCAGGGUACUUUGUAAUGCUAACACCUCAGAAGGAUUCCUACCUAACAAAGAUGUGUCGAUACCUGAAGUGUAUUUGCCCAAAGGAAAGCUAGGUCCACCUAAUUUGGGGCAACGCCCAAAUGACCGCUCCAUACUAGCGUUUUUUGCUGGUAGAGAACACGGUGAUAUUCGAAAAAUCCUAUUGAAUCAUUGGAAAGGCAAAGAUAACGACAUCCAAGUUCAUGAAUAUCUUCCAAAGGGCAAAAACUACACCCAAUUAAUGGGACAAAGCAAGUUUUGCUUGUGCCCUAGCGGGUAUGAAGUUGCAAGCCCCAGAGUGGUGGAAGCAAUUCAUGCAGGAUGUGUUCCAGUGUUAAUUAGUAGUAGUUACUCUCCACCUUUUACUGAUGUGUUGAAUUGGAGUCAGUUCUCAGUGGAGAUUCCUGUGGAGAAAAUAUCAGAAAUCAAGACUAUAUUACAAAGUAUUUCAAGGAAUAGGUAUUUGAGAUUGCACAUGAAUGUGCUAAGAGUUCGAAGACACUUUAUGCUUAAUCGACCUGCAAAACCAUUCGAUUUGAUGCAUAUGAUACUUCACUCAAUUUGGCUUAGAAGAUUAAAUCUUAGACUGAUUGGUUCCACAAGCUCCUAAAUAUUGUAUUUCAUGGUAAAAACAACGGACAACGUACAACAUUGUCAUUGAAUGACAGGUCAACCUUGAUAUGACUUUAAGUUAAUUAUAAAUAUGAAUAAAUUUAUUGAAUGCUUGUGGGGUUA